CGCGCGGCGGGGGUCCCCUCGGCCGGCGGGGCCUGCGGGGUGCCUGCCCCGGGCACCCAGCUCCGGGGCACCCCGCUCUCCUCUCCGCGCCCCUCCUGGGGCCGCCUGCCGGGCGCCUCGGCCCGUGACGCUCGUCGUCCUCGCCCUGCGGAAGCGUGUUGACGGGGACGCGGACUCGGCGGCCGCCAAGGCCUUAUUGUCACCCUCCUGGCACCCCGACCCCGCGAAGGUGGCCGCUCCACCUGCGCCCUCGGGCCGCAGGGCGCCGCCCUCCCCGACCCUCCUUCCUCACCCUGCUCCUGAGUCGGGCCUGCAAGACCAUGAAACCCUCGGGCGCGCCCCUUCCCCAGCUGCUGGCCAGGACAGUCUAGUUCUCCGUGGUCCACCCCGUCAGACACUUAUGAAGUUUCUUGUUCUGGAACUGUUGUAGUGCAAUGAAGAAAAGGAGAAAGGGUACUUCACAUCUCGACGAGAAGAUCCACCUAGGCUAUCAUAAAGAGUCUGCAGAGGGACAUGUCUCGGUGGAGUGUGGCCCAGUAACCUGUACUCGCUCCACCGAGAGACCGGCUCCCGAGGGUCUUCACUGUUACCAGGAACUGCCUCCCUCUCCGGACCAGAGAAAGCUUUUGAGCUCUUUGCAGUACAAUAAGAAUUUGCUGAAGUAUUUGAACGAUGAUAGGCAGAAGCAACCGUCUUUCUGUGACUUGCUUAUCAUAGUGGAAGGGAAGGAAUUUAGUGCCCAUAAAGUCGUCGUUGCUGUUGGCAGUAGUUACUUUCAUGCGUGUUUGAGCAAAAAUCCAAGCACUGAUGUUGUCACGCUGGAUCACGUAACGCACUCAGUUUUUCAGCAUUUGCUUGAAUUUCUUUACACAUCAGAAUUUUUUGUGUACAAAUAUGAAAUACCUCUUGUGUUAGAGGCUGCAAAAUUUCUGGAUAUUAUAGAUGCAGUUAAGCUGCUCAAUAACGAAAAUGUUGCCCCUUUUCAGUCUGAGCUAAUUGAAAAGUCAUCACCAGAAGAAACCCUCAGUGAAUUGACUGGAAGACUAUCAAGUAAUCAUCAGUGCAAAUUCUGUAGUAGACAUUUUUGUUAUAAAAAGUCUUUGGAGAAUCAUUUGGCUAAAACCCAUAGGUCGCUUUUGUUGGGGAAGAAACAUGGGUUAAAAAUGCUGGAGAGAAGUUUUUCCACAAGGAGGUCAAAAAGGAAUCGGAAGUGCCCCGUGAAGUUUGAUGACACCAGCGAUGAUGAGCAGGAAAGUGGCGACGGGUCCGACAGUUUGAAUCAAGGCAGCUUUGAGAAGGACAAGGCAGAUAGAAAUGAUUCUGAGGAUCCUGGAAGUGAAUAUAAUGCUGAAGAAGAUGAGCUAGAGGAGGAAAUGUCAGAUGAGUCCUCUGACAUUGAAGAACAGAGUGAGAAAGACCAGAAUGAUGGGGAAGAAGAGCCCGAGGCCAGGGAUUCCGUAGGAAGCAUUCAGGAGGUGUUGACCCCUGUGGUCAUCCAGAACAGGAACAAAAAAAUACUGCAGUGUCCCAAGUGUGAUAAAACAUUUGACCGCAUAGGGAAAUAUGAGAGCCACACACGUGUUCAUACAGGUGAGAAGCCCUUUGAGUGUGAUAUUUGUCACCAGCGCUAUUCGACAAAGUCUAACCUAACUGUUCACAGAAAGAAGCACAGUAAUGAAACAGAGUUUCAUAAGAAGGAGCACAAGUGCCCUUAUUGUAAUAAACUUCAUGCAAGCAAGAAGACUUUAGCCAAGCAUGUUAAGAGAUUCCAUCCUGAAAAUGCACAAGAAUUUAUUUCCAUUAAGAAGACUAAGAGUGAAAGUUGGAAAUGUGAUAUUUGUAAGAAAUCUUUUACUCGGAGACCACACUUGGAGGAACAUAUGAUUCUACAUUCUCAAGAUAAACCUUUUAAGUGUACCUAUUGUGAAGAACAUUUCAAAUCACGAUUUGCACGAUUAAAGCAUCAAGAAAAGUUCCAUCUGGGUCCUUUUCCGUGUGAUAUAUGUGGUCGCCAGUUUAACGACACUGGCAAUUUGAAACGCCAUAUAGAGUGUACCCAUGGUGGAAAGAGAAAAUGGACUUGCUUUAUCUGUGGAAAAUCAGUACGGGAAAGAACUACUUUGAAAGAACACUUGAGAAUCCAUAGCGGAGAGAAGCCUCAUCUUUGUAGUAUUUGUGGGCAGAGUUUUCGUCAUGGAAGCUCAUACAGACUUCACUUACGAGUACAUCAUGAUGAUAAAAGAUAUGAGUGUGAUGAAUGUGGGAAAACAUUUAUUCGUCAUGAUCACCUUACAAAGCACAAGAAAAUACAUUCAGGUGAGAAGGCUCAUCAGUGUGAAGAAUGUGGAAAAUGCUUUGGUCGUAGGGAUCACCUCACUGUUCAUUACAAAAGUGUACACCUCGGAGAGAAAGUGUGGCAGAAAUAUAAAGCAACCUUUCAUCAAUGUGAUGUUUGUAAGAAAAUUUUUAAAGGCAAAUCAAGUCUGGAAAUGCAUUUUCGGACGCAUUCAGGUGAAAAACCAUAUAAGUGUCAAAUCUGCAAUCAAUCUUUUAGAAUUAAGAAAACUUUAACAAAACACCUGGUUAUUCAUUCUGAUGCCCGGCCUUUCAACUGUCAGCACUGUAAUGCGACAUUCAAGCGGAAAGACAAGCUGAAAUACCACAUUGACCACGUUCAUGGCAUAAAAUCUCCUGACGAUCCUCUCAGUGCUUCUGAGGAGAAACUUGUAUCCUUGCCAGCAGAGUACUCAUCUGACGAUAAAAUCUUUCAGGCAGAAACGAAACAAUAUAUGGACCAGCCCAAAGUUUACCAGUCGGAAGCCAAGACCAUGUUACAGAACGUGUCUGCUGAAGUGUGUGUCCCAGUAACGCUGGUUCCAGUCCAGAUGCCUGACACCCAGAGUGACCUGGUGCGCCACACGACCACUCUCCCGCCACCUCCUCACGAGAUUUUGUCCCCACAGCCGCAGUCAGCUGAUUACCCACGAGCAGCAGAUUUAGCUUUUCUGGAGAAAUACACUCUUACUCCUCAGCCUGCAAAUAUAGUUCAUCCAGUCCGACCUGAACAAAUGCUAGAUCCUAGAGAACAGUCUUACCUUGGAACAUUACUGGGCCUUGAUAACGCUACUGCUGUACAGAGUAUUUCUAACAGCGAGCAUCACUCAUGAGUAAAUCUCACAUUCCACAGACUGUUCUGAUGGUUAUGCACUAAUGGUAGCCUAGAGCUGACGGCUUUUAAAUUAGUAGGGCUGCUAUUUUUUCAUUUUCUCUAGUUUCUCAAGUCCUCAGAACCGAUUCAAAUCAAGAAAAAUCUGUAUCUGUUUACUGAACAAAUGAAUAUUUGGACACAUUUUGAGGUAUAUUUGAAAUGGACAUUUUUGUGAUUUUUAAAGAUUAUUUAGUGCUAAUUUUAAUGGUUUCUCUAACUUUUCAAAACUAUUAGCUGUUGACAUUUGAGGGUAUUUUUUCUUAAUCAUCAGUGGAAAGUUUUCUUCUUUAGUCUCAAACUCCUCUUUUCUCCCUUUCCCACCUUCCAGACAAGUGUUAAGGACCAUGUAGCCCUUAAGAAAGACCAUUAAGGGUAUCCUGAGAAUUGCAGCUGUUCCUUGUCCUGACUUAAGAUUCAUUAUUCUUCUUCUAGAUUUUCAAAAGUUGAAAUCAGGAAUCUGAAUUUAUAAGAAGGUCUUGGAUAGUUCUGUGUUCUUUUUUCAUCUGGCCAUAAUUUUAGCUUAUCACUAGCCUUUGGUCUUUUGACAAACUCAAAGCCAGAAAACUAACUAAUGUAAGAUAAGCUUGUUAAAUGAAAUGUAGAAUUGAAAUGAUUAUCCAAAUUACAGGUUUUUGCCUAUGUUUCAGUUAUUAUGAUUAAGAAAUGCAAAUACAGGUCUAGGCAUUAAGUUAUACAAGUUGAAAAUGUGUUAAAAGCAAAACACGACAGAUAAUCUUUCAAGGUAAGUUCACCCUCUAUUUUGCCAUUCAUUUCAGAAACGUUAACAAUAUAUAUCACAGCAUCUAUCUUCAUCUUACUGUGGGGGGACAGUUAUUAAUGAAAAUUUAAUUAACAAGCUACUUUUGGUCUCAUUUAUGUUGGCUGUCUGAAACUCUGGGAAGCAGAACCUAGAGAUUUCAUAUAGAAUUGCUUAGAAAAAGUGCCAAAUUAUAAAAUUCAUGUCUAAUUAAACUUAAAUGUUGUUUACUUUAAUUAAAGGGAACCACUACUUGUAUACAGAUUUACAUGUAAUCUAGAUCUUUAUUUUUGCUUUACAUAUAAGCCUAAUGUCUAAUUAUCCUUGAUUUUUAUUUUUGUAUGAGACAAAAGUUGAGGACUUGGUGAAAGGAAACAGCAGUUAGAGCAAAACCUCACUGAUUAAAAAUAAAUGAAAAAAAAGUCAGUCAAAAUUGUAAAAUACUUUUAAAGAUGUGCACUUUCCAUAUUUUCAAGUCAAUUUAAACUUAAACUAGGAUAAUAUUUCCUGGUAGAGCUGCUUGAAGAAUUAGAGAAUAGGCAGGGUUGAUUUACUAUUAGCAUGUCAUUUGUUUGUAAACUACUGGAAAAGAGCAAUUUUAAGAGUUUUCUAACAGUUUUGUUUACACUCCUAAUUGCUUUAAGCACUUUUUUUGUGUAAACUGUAAAGUCUGGCUCAGCCCUUGUGAAAAAGAAUCACAAAUAAAAUAAUGAAGUUUUAGUGAAUAAAAUUUAACCACUUAAUAAUGUGGAAACUUGUUUGCUAAAGCACUUAAGAAAUGAAGGUACUUUACAGGAACAUUCACCACACUAGUGGAAAUAAAACAAAAGAAAAACAAUGUUGACAGUUGGGGCAGUUAACCAAAGUAGCUCAUAUAAAUAGUAAAACCAACCCAAGUUUUGCCUCAUUUAUUGAAGUUUGGUUAGAAUUAUCCUAGGACCAAUAGAUUCUUACUUUUGUGUGGAAAUGUUCUAUCUGGGGUACUUACAUGAUGGAACUUGACUAUAUGAGGUACUAUUAGUCUGUCUUUCAAAUUAACUUUUAAAAAUACAUGUCAUUUUUUAUCAUAAAGACCUACAAAACUUUUAACUAAAAAACUUAGUACAAUGAAAAGAAGUCAUAUUUUAAAAUGUACCCUGCCUUGCACAUAAACCAAUGUAGAAAAGUUUUGACUUAUAAAAAGGCAAAGGGUAUAUACGUGUGUGUGUGUGUGUGUGUGUGUGUGUGUGGUACAUGACAUGUUUGGUAGCAGAAAAAGGGUGAUGCAUUUUUACAUUGAAAAGAAUACUUUGCUUUUUGAAGGUAUUGACUUUAGAGUUCUUUUAAUAAUAAUCUCCUAAUGCUUUAAACAUAUGAUUUGAUUGUAGGAAUUGGUUUACAGUAUAGAACUUUCCUGGAAUACAUCUCUUAUAUAAAGUGAAACAUAAUUAUAAUUAGUUAUUACUGUACAUAACUUAAACUUGAAUACUGGUUUACUGUUUUCUAAAAUGCUUUCACAGUUAUCUCACUAAACCUCAUAACCAGCUGAACUAGCGAGGAUGUGCUGUAUUCCCACGUGAGAGGGAGAGAAUCUGAGGUUAAGCCCUCAUCGUCAGUAAGUGGCAGAGCGACUAGCGGGGAGGAAGUGGAGCACGAAUGAAUGCUCACCGUGUGCGGGGUGCUGUGCUUUCUCCUGUAGUCUUACGCAGUCUGGGAGGCAGACAGUGUAAUUCCUAUGAUGAAAUAAUCUCAGCAGAUGAACAAACAAAUCUGCUGCCUCUAAUUUCCAAAUUAGAAUAGAAGAAAUUUUAUAGUUGUGAAAACCUCAUGGAUUUGGGCAAACUGAAUGUAUGUACGUUUUUGAAGUGGCACAAAAAAUAUGAAAUGAGGCCUGCUCUUUUCAGUUAACCUUUUGUCAUAUUUGAUUUGGAGUAUUUUGGACAAAUGCUCCAUUAGGUCUAAAAUCCAUUAAUUCUGUAACUGUCCUUAAAAUUUUGAAUCUUGCAGCUAAGUUUAGCCUCAUUCAGAAUUUUUUACUUUAUAAGCAUAAUUUAUUGUUUUAAAUUAAUUUUGUAGCUGAUAGCAGUUAGCACUUAAUAUGUAAAUUGAAUAAUUUAUCAAAUGUAGAAAUUUGUUAACAUAAUCAGUUUUUACUUAAAUGCACCAAAGAUUUUUAGUAGGUAUUAAAAUAGUUUAAAAGAAUUUAAAUUCUUUGUUGUUUGAAUAAAUAUUUGUCCAAAGAAGCACAGUUGAAGUCCUAGGAUUAUGGAUUUUUUUUAAAAAAUCAUUAGCUUGAAUACUAAGAUUAAGUGUUUGUGUUUAUGUGUGUAAGAAUAAGAACAGAAGAAAAUACUCUGGGAAUAGUCAUACUGACAAACCAAUUACAAGUAAGCAUAUGCAGUUUUCCUCAGUUUAAUUAAUUGAAUGUUAUCUUUUAAGUGAACACUAUUAAAUGCUAAUUAAUAAGCUUAUUUCUUACACUACACUGUUAAAAUAAUUUUGCCUUAGAUUUUUUUUUAAAGACAAGUUGAAGAUUUCUUUGUAAGAAACUCCGUGUAUUUUUUGCAGCCUGAAAUACCAUUUAAGAUUAGAGUUUGUUCUUCAUGCCAGCAAGAUUUCACCAACAACUGUAAAGGCAGUGAUCUUUGCAUAUUUUUAAGUAAUUUAGUCUUUUAUUGCUGGGAGAAGACGAGUAGCAAAAUAGGGAUUUAAACUGGUGCUUUAUUAAGUGACUUCCUUUAAAGUAAUGGUAGGUCAUGAAGUAGGUACACUAAUAAUUUUCUCUCAGCCUUAAAGUGUCAAAACAUCUUUGCACAGUGACUCUAAGCUGUUAGUUAAGGGCUAUGAUAAGUAUUUAAAUUUCAUUGGUUUUCACUCUAAAAUUGCAAACAAAUUACAAACACCGUUACCUGUUACGUGUGUGAGUGUGCCUCUCUUCCUAGCAGAUCACUCCCAUGUGUCCUUGGUCAGACGUGGAGCAUCACCUCUUUGACAGCAUCCAUUUAUGUUUGCCCAGUCUUCUCUGGGUUUGAUGCUUCGUGCCUUUUCAGUGUGCUGUAGUUGCGUGGAGUUGAUGCUGGCUAGAUUGUGCUGGUUAAUAAAUGAUUAGGGUUGUUUUGUUGUUGUAAUCGGUCUUAUGUUUGUGUUGCCUGCUGGUCAGGCAACACUUUUUUUUUUAGGUUGCUUUUUGUUUUUAUAGGAAAUUAGGCACCAAGUACUAGUGUGAAUUUUGUUUUUAGUCUCUGCUACUGUGGCCUUUAUAGUUACUGUGAAGCCACACUGGGCCUGUCUCUAGAUGCUCAUCAGAGGACUCAGACAAAUAAAAUAAAAGGAAUAGUUUGUUUACCUCUCCAUCUCCUCCUCCCUUCCCCCCUUUUCUUUUCAAUAAUCAGCUACCAACCACCCAGCUCUGCAUUGAACAACUUCUUUCCCAGUUUGCCUGAAACUGAACCAGAGGUGAGGGUUUCAGAUGAGUCUCUCAUUAGAAGCAGCAAGACUCAACCAACAGACAACUUGAGUCGAUGAACUAGGGAAACAUUAGGACUUUUAAAGUCAUGUUUGGAUUAUUCUAAGAUUCAAUGCCAAAUUUAAAGUCACUCAAAAUGUAUUUUUUAAUAAGGAACAAGUAGCAUUUCUAAAACUUUUCAUAGUGUUACAGUAAAUGUUAUGUACUGUUAGACUCAGUAAUGGGUAACGUGAGAAGAAUUUCCUAGUAAUUUCUAGGAACCAGAGACAAUUCUUUUUAGAUCCUCCCCUUUCUUUUGCACAUUCCUCAGUCGGUCAAGUCUGCAGAAUCUUUUUGGGGGGAUCGUUCCCUUAUUUCCUCUUAAAUUAUUUCUACUUGAGGCACACUUCCUGCUCUUCCUCUUUGGAAGUGGCCUUAAUAAGGCUGAAGCCACAGGGUCAGGGUGUGUGGAGGAGGGGAGGAAGGUUCGGGGCGGGGGAGCCUGUGCUCCACUCACUCUUCAUCUUUCAACUUCAUGUGCAUUGAUCUUAAGUCUGUGACUUUGAAAACUCCCUGAACAAUUUAAAUUUGGCCUCUGCAACCGUACAUAUAAAGAGAAAAUAAGAAUUAUAUUCCAAGAGUAGAGGCUAUACAAAGAUGGACACACCCCUUUUGUUCUGCUUUUUCCCAAAUUCUUAGGUAAGGAAGUAAUCUCGGUGCUUGCGUUACUGUUGGAGAUUCUAAAACAUCUCUUGAAUGAAGAGCACGUACACUUAUUGUUACUUUGCUCUUUGCUUUCCUGCUUGUGUUAAAGUUGGACAGUGUACUGUGGUGUAAUCACAAAAUGUGUAUUCCUCCCAACAAGCGGACUGUUUGCUUCCCUGUGCAUACAAGUGUACUACAAGUGGCGAGCGUGGCUGCCCAAAAGUGAGCACAGAGGUGGGCCUCUGGCUGCUCCACGCUGUGUAGCACCUGUUCUCAUUGCGGGGUUCAUGACGUGCAUUACAGUGGAAAUGCCUUUGAACUUACUUUCCAGUCUCCAGCCCUAAGUUUUGUUUUCAGUCAUUAAGGACUCUUAAAAACAAUUACAAAGAUAACUCUAAAAUAUCAAAAUUCAUUAUUUUGUCAACUGUGUGUAAAGUAUCUUGUGACUUUAUAGAUAUUUUGGCUGUCUCGUGUUUCUUGAGUACAAAUGUCUUUAUAGAAAAAUUCAGUUCUCUGUGAAGACUAGGAAGUGUAUUGUAUACUGAGCUAGUUCUUUGUGUUGUUUUGAUAUUUAAAAUAAAUAUAAAUUUCUUUGGUCCUAAUAAA